UGUUUCGACCCAACUUUAGUUGCAAGGGGGAAAAAGGAGCUGGCGGGGUGCGGCGGAUCUGCAAAUGAACUGCGCUGCCAGGGCACCAAGAGCAAACUGAGUGACAAGUGGCUACACCAGCCGCGCGCCUUGUUGCCAUUGUCAGCAUUCGAUAAUGGAAUGUUUAUAAUGUGCGGCCACCAAUCGGUGUGAACGGGAGGCGGGGCGGGCUCGCCGCUCUCGGGCUCGACUGAGCGGAGCGGAGCGCGAGAGAGGGGCGGGGACGGUCAAUCCGGAGAGAAGCAAAACAAUUGCAAUCAGCAGGAACGCCGGCUUGCAGAGAGGAGGGGAGGGCAGCUUCUCCCUCUCUGCAAACAUCAUACCCUGACACGAAUGUAAAAUUGCAUUAGCCCCUUUUGCGGAAAAAAAGCAGACGCUUAGCUUAAUUGACCCCGUACACCUCCAAAAAAAAGAAAGACUAUGAGCUCCAAACGCCUUACCAAAAAAUACAAAGUUGUAGGCACAAAGGUUUGCGCGCCAAGUUCAGCCGGCGAAGUCAGAGUUUCUGGAGUGAUCCAGGCUUGUAAGAACGACCCUGCAGGCAAUACUUUAUACACAAUCAUGUUAGAUGAUGGCUCACUCAGAGAGUAUGCAGAAGAAGAAAUAAUCUGCAUCGAUGUCAAAGUAUCUGGAAAAGGAAAAUGCAGAUAUAAUCAAAAGAUGCUUCUGAAUUGCAAAGGCAGCGAAUCAGUGGUGGUGCUUCGAGAACGAGAAAAAAAUGAUGUCCCUUUAAGAUCCCCAGAGCCACGCGGCCUGACAGCCAAAAAACCAGAAGACCGGUAUCUGGAAAACAAAUGUAACAGAACUCGCGAGGUGGAGAAGGAGCCUGCGACCCGCCCCCUUGGCUCGGUGUCAGAACAGAAACGCCUCCUUACUUCGGCAAACAUCGACGUUCCUCAGCGGAAACCUUCAGAAGAAGCUGACAUGGAUGAAGUUAUGGCAGCUGCAGUUUUGACCAGUCUCUCCACCAGUCCACUGGUGCGCAGUCCACCCUCAGGAGCACACAUAUUAGAUAACUGUAAAGUGUCAAAGGAGGGGCCAACUUUGUCUGCCAGCUACGGCAGCAGCACUACUAGUGGUAAUUGGAGUUGGGACAUUCCAAGUGACCACUCCAACCCAUCCACACCAUCGCCACCACUGCCAGGUGACAGCUCCAAACCAUUAUCUGGACAAUCAGAUGAUGGCAUUGAUGAACCAGAGGCAUCCCACUUCCUGUUUGAAGAACCCGCUCCCAGGAAAAGAAAGAACUCCAUGAAGGUCAUGUUUAAAUGUUUGUGGAAGAAUUGUGGGAAAGUUCUGAGUACGUCAUCAGGGAUACAGAAACACGUUCGCACACUCCAUUUGGGGCAUAAUGGUGACUCUGAUCACUGUGAUGGCGAAGAAGACUUCUACUACUCCGAGAUUGAUGUGGAUGUAGAUUCAUUGACAGAUGGAUUGAGUAGCCUUACACCAAUGUCUCCAACUACCACAAUGGCACCAGCUUUUCCUAAUGUGGAUUCUGGGUGUUCAGAUCCAGCUUUGGUGAAGAAUGAGGAGAAGUUAGUGACCCCUCUGAGCCAGUCCGCACCAACUAAUUUGUAUCAUGUACGCACUGACCAUGCUUACCAGGAUCCUUUAACACAAAUUCGUCCAAUCAGUAUUGUUGAGAAGCGACAGAUUUCUCACCCAUCCUUAAAGGUACAUACUUCUCUCGUGUCGUCCCCAAAACCAGGGACAGGAACAAGGAAGCCUAGGGGUGAAGGAAAGAAAUGCCGAAAAGUUUAUGGAAUGGAGAACAGGGAUAUGUGGUGCACUGCCUGUCGCUGGAAGAAGGCCUGCCAGCGGUUUGUUGACUGAAAUAUGGCACUUUCUGAAUUUUGUACACUGCUGUUUCCUGAACAAUCAAUGGCAACAAGAAAAGAGCAAAGUAUGUUAAAAGCAGGGAAUGCUUAAUGCAUGAUUCUGUUUGGAUGAAGCACUUGUAAUUAUGUGUGAAUGCAAUCAAAAAAAGUUAAUUUUUUUACGUAUGGUGACUGUUUUUGCUUUUUCAGUUUUCUUUGAACUUGCUGUGUUUUUAAUGGCACUUGAACCAGCUGGCAAUUUUGCUGGUUUUUUUUUUAAUAAUUAAAUCUUUGCCUAUUUGAUGAAAUUCCUAAACAGCAGGCUUUUUGGCUGCUAUCUUUUUACCCUCUUGUUUCAUUUUAUUUUGCUCCCUUUAAAAUAAUCUUCAAUCUUGGAGAACAAUUGACUCUUCAUUCCACUGCUGGACCAUGGGUUCCUCGUGAGACUGGUAUUGUUUCAGGAAACACAUGCAGAUUUUUUUUUAAGAAGAAAGCAAAUUGAAUUUAUUGCUGUAAAGCUUUGCUUUUACUGCAUUUAAAAAAAAUGAAAAUUUUACAGUUUUGGUUUUUGAUAGUGUGUGGAGGGGAGAAAAAAAAACUUUUAACCAAAUUUUAAUUGUUUUUAUGGUGAAAACACUUGUUUGUUGCUGUCAUACGUUUUUUUAAAACUAUUUUUGUUAUAAAAUUUGGCUAGCAAUUUGGAAGUAAAAAUAGGGUCAGACCUGCCUGAAAAUUCAGGAUGUGCCAACGGGAAAAUCUCGUUGAAUUGCACUAGGCUGUACUGCACAAUGAAUAAUUCUAGAAACACAUGGAGGUUGCCAAAAGUGCAACAUGAUGUAGUUGUGAGGAAGUAUGUGAGGUGUAAAUAAUGACUCUUCACUGUAAAGUAAGACUUGUAGCAUAGCUUUCAUUGAGUAUUUUGAGAAAGGAGAAGAAAACCUGAUGAAAAUGGUUUUGAACUUAGGAUCCAUUUUCAUGAAUGUAUGACAACCAUCCUUUCACAGUCUUUAGUUAAUUCUUCAGUGCUGGUUGCCAUUACAGAUUUUUUUUCAGCUGUUGCAUAACUGUAUCUGCUCACCACUGCAAUUUAUUUUUGUUUUCUUGAUUGGUUACUGUUGAUUACUGUGACCAACAGAGAAUGCUGCACCUUCUUUUCGUACCAGGAUAUUAAGCUAAAUCCAAUCCAAUUUACCACCAGUUAUAUCGCGGGUCUUCAGGCAUAAGUUUCUGCCAAAUGUUUAACAGUGAAUGGAACUGGCAGCUUAAAACUUUAGCAGUUUGAUUAAAUACAGGGUUUAAGAUUUCUUUCCAUCCAGGUAGUCACUGGCCAGUGAGUAAGUCACUUUUUGAAGGGUUUAAACGUAUUGAAGUAGAUGGCAAUGAAUAUUGUCAAAAAAUGUUGAUUGAUUGCUGUACAAAGAAAAUAUUGCUUUGUAUACCAGAUUUUAAAAAAUCAUUAUAAUGUUCAGAUAUGAAGAUGUUCUUAAGUUGUGCUGACAUUCUGGCCCCUCCAUAAUCCCUGCAAAAUCCAGCCCUAAUGAACUAUUUGUUUCUGUAAUUAGAGAGGAAAACCAGGCAUAUCUCUUUGGUUUUUAUCAGUGUUCAUAUUGUAGUAUUUUAGAGAUAACAUACCAAAGUAAGUCUCUCCAUGGACAGUUUAUUAUGAUAUGCUGUAUUCUCAGGAUUUAAAUGUUUAUAACAACUGUAAAAUGGAAAAGCAGAGACUCUAAUAUUUUUAAUUAUAUACUGGAUUUUUUUUUUCUUUUUUUGAUUAAAAAAAAAAGGGCUUACCUGUAAAAUAGAUCUUGCAUAAGUAGCUCUAAACUGGUCUUUGACCACAACUGGUGACAUAAGCAAAUGAAUGUAAACUGUUAACUUUUGCAGCUUUCAUUACAUUAAUUCUUUCCUUGUAUGCGGGGAAAAAAUGAUCAAUGGUUAAUUUUUCAUAUGUCAUUAUGCAAAGGAAACUUCAACCCACAACAAAGCUUGUUUUAUUGCCAAACUUAUUUGUAUUACAUAUUUGUGGCAGUAAACAUUCCAAGAGAGAACUUUAUUUCUGCUUUGAAAACAGAAUGUGUAUUACCAGCAGUUGUACCAACUUUGGUUUCAGAACUUAAUCAUUGAACAGGUGAAGAAAUCAUAAUCCUUUUGGGGAAAAUGCACUUUUUGUAUGAAAAAAGUUAUGGAUGAUAAUAUGUAUAGUGUGCUUUUUAUUAAUGUUGGAGAGGUGCAGCAUUUGUUUCCAUACUGUCUUUCAGUGGGGGUGCAAAAUCCUCAUGGUUUUACAAAGGAACAUAAUUAAGUUAACCAGAAUGGAAAGGACCUCUUAUUUCUGUACAUACACCUGUAAUGCUGUGUCAUGUCUUACAUGAUCAGCAAUGCCUACUGCUGAGGUUUACGUGCCAAUGUAAUGCUGGGUUUCAUAUUUUUUUAAAAAAUGCAAGAAAUAAAGAUCCUCAGAACUG